AUGGCCGCGGUUACUCUGAAAUCCAUUGCGUCGUAAGGAAUGCUACACUAGACUCUGAUUUUCAUAAGGCUGUCGACACCCAACAUUACCAAUACUCUGGACUUUUGAAACACGAGUAGGAAAGUUCAGUAAAUUCCAUUUGAUAUGUCGCAAGGCGAGCUGUCCCGAGCGUCUCUGGAACUCACCCAUGUUCUAUAUGAUCCCUCUUCCACGACAUCGUUCCUGCUGGCGCUGCUCACGCUAAGCCCCAUUUUAUUGAUGGCAUCCUACGCUGCCCUUUCGGUGUAUACAAGGGAGCUCGUGAUUAUUGAAAUGUGGGCUGGCCAGUUCAUCUGCGAAGGAUUUAACUGGGUCCUGAAGCGUCUGAUAAAGCAGGAUCGUCCCGAAGACAGCUUGGGCCAUGGCUACGGCUUCCCUUCUUCGCACAGCCAGAAUAUGGGAUACUUCGCCUCGUUCCUGAUGUGCCAUAUGUACUUCCGGCAUAGGUUCGCAACUUCGGGAAACAGGACGUUAGACCGUGCCUGGAGGGUAUUCUUAUAUUUAGCUCUUGCGGCAUGGGCGGGAACAGUAGCGUACUCUCGAUACCGCUUGACUUACCACACACCCCACCAGAUCUUAUGGGGCCUCGGUAUCGGAAUUUUGUAUGGUGUCGUGUUCUACGGCCUCACGGAGUUGAUACCGAUCCGAAGACCAGACAGCCUCCUGGGCCGAUUCAGGCGCGGUCUGCUGUUGAACCCACUCUCUGAGUGGAUUGAGCUCAAGGAUGGAUGGCUUGUAUACCCGGACGGUGGGCGGGCGGAGGAGUGGAAGGUAUGGCGGAACAGGCUACAGAAAGGCGAGAAGGUCGAAGGGCGGAUGGAACGUCCGUUACCAUGGGUAGCGGAUUCAGGGCUCGACAGAGGCCGUAAAGAACUAUAGGGAUAUCGGGUCUGAGCUGGUUUAUGUUAUUUGAAGGUUCUGGCAUAGCGAUCUUAACAAACUAUGCUUGAUAUAAACACAAAAGGAUCAUGUCCUGAUGUGGCAUGCACAUAGCAUGCG